AUGUAUCUUAGUGGUAACCUUCCAGCAAGUGCAAGUAGUGGUGAACGUCGUUCAUCCUAUCAAUCUUAUUCAAUGUCACAAGUGAAUAAUGAAAAACCAGUAGUUCAUCGUGAACAUGAAGAACAAUCUCAAGCAUGGGGACAACCAUUAUCAUCAUCAUCACCAACAUUUUAUCCAAGCAAUAUUGAUUCUGAUAGAAAUUUUUCAUUGGCAAAUCGUCUUAAUUCAAGUUCAUCAUCUGUGCAUGAUCGUAAUGCUAUAUUAAGUGAUAGUAUGGCAAUGAAACAAAAAAUGAAUGCAUCUUCUUCAUAUUCAAAAAUGAGUAGUGCAACUCGACAAGAUCAAACUGGAUCACAACAUUUUCAUAAUGUACCCUAUUUUCAUGGAUUUAAAUUUCAAACACUACCAGGCACUUCACCAUUUGAUAUGAGCGCUUAUGUUACAAGCCCAUCAGGACAUUUAGAAAAUUGCGAGAUUGUUGAUCUCGAUGAUUGCAAUUAUUCAAUCAAAUUUAUCCCGAAAGAAAUGGGUGUUCAUACAGUUAGUGUUAAACAUAAGGAUAUGCAUAUCCCAGGCAGUCCUUUUGAAUUUACUGUUGGUCCUAUACAAGGCGGUGGUGCUCAUAAAGUUCGUGCUAGUGGAAAUGGUCUUGCACGUGGAGAAAUUAAUAUGACUAAUGAAUUUAAUAUUUAUACACGUGAAGCAGGUGCUGGUGGUCUUGCUAUUGCAAUAGAAGGACCAGCUAAAGCUGAAAUAGACUUUUUUGAUCGUAAAGAUGGUUCAUGUGGUGUAUCAUAUGUAUGUCCUGAACCGGGUGAAUAUCAAGUAUCAAUUAAAUUCAAUGAUGAACAUAUACCAGAUUCACCAUUUAACGUUUUAAUUGGUUCACCAUUUGGUGAUGCUAAAAAAUUAACAGUUCAUAGUCUUCAAGCUAAAGGACAUGAAGUUAAUCGACCAUGUAUGUUUACUGUUAAUGUAAAUGGUGCACGUGGUCGUCUUGAUGCCCGUGUAACAGCACCUAGUGGUGCAGAAGAUACUUGUAUUGUACAAGAAAUGGGCGAUGAACAUUAUGCUAUUCGAUUUGUACCACGAGAAAAUGGUGUUCAUUGGGUACAUGUUCGUUUUAAUGGACGGGAUAUACCUGAUUCACCAUUUCGUGUUGUUGUUGGUCAUGCUAAUGCUGAUCCAGGAAGAGUAUUUGCAUCAGGUUCUGGUUUAUAUACAGGAGAAACAGGUAUUCCAUGUGAAUUUUUAAUUGAUACAAUGAAUGCUGGUGCUGGUGCAUUAGCAGUUACUGUUGAUGGACCAUCAAAAGUUCAACUUGAUUGUAGAGAAGUAUCUGAAGGUUAUCGUGUUAGCUUUACACCAACAGCACCCGGCGAUUAUCUCAUUACGAUUAAAUUUGCCGGAAUUAAUAUUGCUGGCAGUCCAUUUAAGUGUUUGGUCGGAGGUGCAAAUUUAAAUGCUAAUCGUGGUGGCUUAGGUACAAUGAGUACAUCAUCAUCAUAUGUUCAACGUUCACAAGGAAAUUUAGCAAGUCAUGCAAAAUAUGAUACAGUUGAACAAUCAUCAUCAUAUGUAGCAAGCUCACGAAAUAACUAUGUAAGUGUAGAUGCAAGUCGAGUACGAGCACAUGGAGAUGGUUUAUUACGUGCUUAUCGUAAUGAAAAAGCUACAUUUACAGUAGAUACGCGUGACGGUGGAAAUGCUAUGUUAAUGGUAGGUGUAUUCGGUCCGAAAUAUCCAUGUGAAGAAGUAUUUAUUAAACAUAUUGGAAAUAAUCAAUACAAUGUUCAAUAUACUGUACGAGAAAAAGGUGAAUAUAUGUUGGUUGUUAAAUGGGGCGAUCAACAUAUUCCAGGCUCUCCUUGGCAUAUUGAAGUCGUUUAA